CGGUGCGUGAACGUAGACACAGCAACUGCUGAGGAGCGAACAGCAGCUGUCGCUGUGCCUGGCGUCGCAGAUCACAGGCCUGCGCCUUCCUCCAUCCCCAGGCGCGUGACAUCAUACUGCCGGCGAGGGCAGCCGCUGCUGCUCGCCCUCUCCCGCGCCUCCAUCCCGGUCCCAAUUGCCCGCCAGCGUCUUCUGGACCGGCAUAGCCAGAGCCUGCGUCGCUGAUCACCGGGAGCCGCUUCCGCUGUCCAACGGCUAGCCCAUCGUAGCAUGACCAUUCUUUCUGUCAUCGCCUGCGACCGUGCCCUGUAGACAGGUGGACAUGGUCGACCGCGGCCCCGCGUCUGCGCGUUCGCAGAACCCUCGCGACCCCAUGGACGAGGCCGACCGGACCAAGGAGCGCGAGUUCUACAGAUACUACCACGUCCAGCGACCCCAGGAACAUGGCCGACCCAACGGCACCCCCGUCCUUGCGCCUCUCCAAACACAAAGCCUCCCAGAGCCAGUGCCAGACCAGCUCAUUCCUUCAGACGACACGGCACUCGCCGCUUUCGCCCAACUGGGUGCGCUGCGUCUGAACUGCCGCCGCUGUUUGAUAUCCUUCUUCGACCGACGAAAUUGCUUCAUUCUCGCCGAAGCUACACGAACGGCAUGUCUUGUCACAGGACGAGCUGAAGUUCCGGAAGACGACCUGGCGUUCGGCACCUCCAUCUUUCCAAAGGACAAGAGCAUUUGUUAUUAUACCGUCAAGCUGCCUUGGGGCCACCCUCCUCCCUUUGAUGAGUAUGCUCACCAUCCUUCCUUGGUCGUCAACGACCUCACGCGGGACGAGCGCUUCAAGAACUACCCCUUCGUGGAAGGCGCGCCCCAUUCCCGAUUCUAUGCAGGCGUUCCCAUCCGUAGCCCAAACGGCCACAACAUCGGCACCUACUGCGUUCUAGACGACAAGCCACGCAACGGUCUAUCCCAAUCUGAGAUGAGGUUUCUGAAGGACAUGGCAGGGACCGUUAUGCGCCACUUGGAGACCUCGCGGGCUGCUGAAGAUCACAAGAGAGGUGGAGUCAUGGUUAAGAGUUUGGGUUCUUUUGCGGAUGGCAAAUCAUCCAUCGACGAUUGGUGGGAGGAGACCGAAGCGACCGCAUCACCGUCAGAGACAACGCCCAUGCAACGCCAACGCCGUCCGACCGUAAACGCCAUGUCGCCCACUGCAACAACCGCCCAGCCUGGGAUGUUGGCCAGGAACCAUAGCGCCGAAUCUAGUGUCCCAAGUGUGAACAGCCCUGGCCAAACGUCCAUGUCCAGUAUAGCCCCGAGCAGCACUGUCGGUACACCUGCCUCGGAGAUCCUGGACCCAGUGAAGCCCGAGGUCUUGUCCAAAAUGGCAUCUGCUACUGGCAAUGGGAAACCCGAUGCAGUGGCAUCAGAUACGAAGGCCAUCUUUGAAAGAGCUGCGCGGAUGAUUGCUGAGGCUGUCGAAGCCGAAGGCGCCGUAUUUUUCGAUGCCAAAGUCAGUACCUUUGGCGGACUUGUCGAUGACGAUUUCACUUCCGAGCAACCACCUGAGCCCGACAAGCCUUGCGUGGUACUUGGUGCCGCGCGGUUCAAGAGCUCCCAGAACUCCUCGUCACCAUCCAGCCAAAUCUUCAUGACUGAAAGCGUUCUCAAACACCUUCUUCGCAACUACACCCACGGCCAGAUUUUUAAUUUUGACGACGACUACUCUCCAACCGCGCAAGCAGACGCUGUUGUAGGAGACGACGUAGAUCUCAUGAUUUCUCGAAAAUCCGAUUCUGUCAGAUCGGCCGAUGACGAACAGGCACUUCGGGAGGUCUUUCCGCGAGCCCGGAGCCUGAUAAUAUAUCCGCUAUGGGACGCGCAUCGCGAUCGGUGGUUUUCAUCUCUUAUUAUUUGGAGUUCAGAUCCCAUGCGUGUUUUCACCAACGAGCAAGAGCUCAGCUAUCUUUCUGCUUUCAGUAACAGCGUAAUGGCCGAGGUUGCUCGGCUAGAUACUAGGCUCGCCGACUCCGCGAAGGCAGAUUUUAUCUCCUCGAUCAGCCAUGAACUGCGCUCACCGCUGCACGGAAUUUUAGGCAUGACGGAUCUGCUCAAGGACACCUCGAUAGAUACCCAGCAGCAGUCGCACAUUCAGACCAUCGAGAAUUGCGGCAAGACUUUGCUAGAGACGAUCAAUCAUGUUCUUGACUACGCAAAGAUCAAUAAUCUCACACGAGGGGCUUCCAAAAGACGUCCCAAGCGCCGAACGAAGAGCGCAAAGCACGUAAUAACACCUAGUCAGGGACAUACGAACGAUAUCAUGACCAUUAUCUCCGAUUUCGAUCUCAGUAUACUGAUCGAAGAAGUGCUUGAGACUGUGUUUGCAGGGUUUAACUUCAGUAAAAACAACUUCGAGAGCCUCGACCAGGGACCACGGAAAUACGAGCCGCCGCCUGUGUCAGUGAUUGUCGAUGUCAACAAGUGGGAUAGCUACGUUUUCCGUACUCAACCGGGAGCUUGGCGACGCAUCGUCAUGAACCUGUUCGGAAACGCACUCAAGUAUACGCCAGCUGGGUUCAUCAAGGUAAAACUUCAAGUAGUACCGAACUCUGAUAGAUCCGACGAAAACAUGGAGCUGAAGCUCACUGUUACUGACUCAGGCAUCGGCAUGUCUGAGGAUUACAUCAAUAACAGACUAUUCCACUCUUUCGCCCAGGAGAACCCUCUCAGCCAAGGAACUGGACUUGGACUUAGCAUCGUCAAGCAGCUAGUGGAGAUAUUGGGUGGAGACGUCGAGGUUCGCAGUGAAAAGGACAGAGGCACGAAGUUCAUCGUCAGCUGCCCACUAAAACCGUCCUCCUUAUCUCCUACGGUAUCCGCUUUGAAUCCUGCGCAGGAGAUUCCCAAUGUGUUCAAGCGGACGACGGGCAAGGUUGUACAGUUUAUGGGUUUUGACGACGGGGAUGAGGUGGAAGUGACGAGCCUGAAGAACAAGAACGCUUCAGCGAUUGGGGAGAAGGCACUCAAAGAAAUGUGCAAAGACUGGUUUGGUCUAGACGUCUGGGAUCCUGUUGCUACCAAUGCACCAGCCCCCAACUUGAUCAUGGCGACUGAAGCCGGAGCGCGAAGACUACGAGCGCAAUUCAGCAAGACCCCGAAUGCCGUCCCUCUCGCACCAGUCAUUGUACUCUGUCGGGCCGCCGCUUUAGCUCAGUCGACGACUGCGAUUACCGUACCCGGGCUGAUUUUCGAAUGCAUCGCGCAGCCGUGCGGUCCACACAAGCUUGCGAAGGCUAUUGUGUCAUGCCUUGACCGACAAGCAAAUCGCCUUGUGGUUGAGUCAACAGAGACUGACAAUACAUCUCUGUCCGGAAUAUCGCAGCUGCUCCUCAAAGAAAACGCCGCCGCACGAAGCUCUACAAAGCCCAUUUCAUCAUCCCUCAGCCUGCCACGUCCGCAUGUCAAGUCAGCGAUUAGUGCUCCUGAGAUACGCUCCGUCAACCAAAGUCCAGCCAGCCCCAUACACGUUCCCUCCAACGCUCUCAAUUGCCUCGCGGUCGAUGACAACCCAAUCAACCUGCGUCUCCUACGCAGCUUCGUGGAGAAGCUCGGUCACCGCCAUGUACUUGCCAAGAAUGGCCUCGAGGCCUUGGUAUCAUACAAGGCUUCCACCCUGGAGACCGCUGUGCUCAAGUUGUCCCGCGUCGAUGUCAUUCUCAUGGACAUCAACAUGCCCGAGAUGGAUGGUCUCGAAGCCACACGCCAGAUUCGCGCCUAUGAGCGAGAUAAUUCCCUUCCGCCGGUCACCAUCAUUGCACUAACAGGUCUAGCAAGCUCGGAGGCGCAACAGGAGGCCCAUGCGAGCGGAGUCAAUCUCUUCUUGAUCAAGCCGGUGCGCCUGGCGGACCUGGAGGUCGUCCUGAAAGGCGUGGUCACGAGCGAGGAGGGCGCAAAGGUCGACGAUAUCGGGAGGGGCGAGAAGAGCGAAGAUAGCGCCGAGGGCUUGGGGCCUGAAGUUGAGGUUAGGGAAGAGGGAUCCGGGCACCUGUCGGUUGGCAAACCUGGAGGAGACGUUCAUGAGCGGAGUAAGAGCUCGGUAUGAAAGGGUGUCUGCGAUACCCCGCGACACGAAGAAAAGUCCUUUGGGCGCAAUUGUGUCGGGUCGGUGUUGGAAAAUGAGACUGGAUGAAGGAGGCUGAAAAUACAGUAUCAUUCCAGAGCCAUGGCAUGGCUGCUGGCGUUGGCGUUUCUGGGUAGAUUGGUUGUUCAUGUUCAUUUUGGCGUUUAUACCCACCACGACAUGAUAAGGCCCAGAUCCGCUUCAAAGAGGCAUUCUGGCUUCCUGUCUAGUAAAUAUUCAAACUAGCGUGCAUAGCGUGGCGUUGCAGAUUAGACAGACUCACAUAUACAAAAC